AAAAGAUGGCAAGUACUGGAUCGACCCUGAGAAGAAUGGAAACCCUUUAAAUGUCUACUGUGACAUGACAACUGACGAAGGUGGUUGGCUUCUUGUCUCUGAUGUUGUGGUGGGCAGCUCCUCUAGACGUUUUAAUUUCCCAGUUGAGACGUCAUACCGAGGAGUAAGCAACUCUCAGAAGUUCCUCACGAAGACUGCCAUGAAUCAGCUGAGAACACAUUUGUCUUUCACUCAAAUGAGAUUCUUCUGCAGGAAGCAACGCACUUUCCACGUGACCACUGCAAACAACAGCGCUGGUGAAGCUGUAGUCCAGUAUUUCAGCGGACAGACCGAUACCAUGCCAGCUUCCUGUGGCUUGUACGUGGAAAUGGAUGAUGACAACUCGUUAUUAGCUGGUGUGUGCAGUAGGUGGGGUUGGGAUGGAUCCUAUAACGUUAGCAAAUGGGGCCACAUGAGGGAUCAAGAUAGGUUAUACAACCACCCCGCUUUUGUGGAGUCUUCUUAUCACUUUUUGAUUACUCCUGGAGACACAAGAUGGGAAUGCGAUGACUAUAACGUGGGGGUGUCCCCUGGCAACUUCUAGAAAGUCUUCGUUCGUUAAAAACUUAGGAGAUCAUGAUCAAGCCCUGUCUUAUCUUUGCGAACCUCUUUAAUAGGAAAUAAAGUGAAUUUUGUUAUGAAUUCCUCGACAAAUCGACGGAAAACUUAACACAGUACCGUAGCGGACUACUAUUUGUAUGCACUCAUUUACAUUACGGUUACAAAAUUUUUGUUCAGCGUUUUAAAAAUCUCUUAAUUUGAUUGUAGUUAAAAGCCGUUAUCUAAAAGUAAUUAACGGCAAACUUUGCAAUGAUUUCUCUUAGGCGUUGUAAUAUCUAGCGUGACCGUGUCACGCAAGGCAAGCUUCGUCAUUGACCGAAGCAUGCCGGGAUUAAAGAGUUAUUUUAGAACAUGUACUUGUAAAUGUCCGCCGUGUUGACUUCGUGUGGUCCACCUUGAGUUACUUAGUGUUAAGGUUAGCACAUUACAGGAGUUUUAGCUUGAUUCGACUACUUUUUCUUUUUUUUUGUAAAUAUAAGCAGUUAACUUUCGUGUAGAUUAAAUAAAGCAAGAUAUUAUUGCCAAAAGAAUUUCAAUAUUUUGUUUAUAUACAUAGAUUACACACAAUAUUAUUUCUCUAAUCAAUCCGAUGUUGAUCUCCAUAUGAAUAGCUUUUCAAUGAUAUCACUGCCUUAUGAUUCCUCACUCUUUCAAUAGUCGUGAUACAAGCUCCUGGAAUUACAAUGUAAAGCACACAAAACGUUAGCUGCAAAUCUGCUUGAAUUAAAACUCCGCCAGUUAUUAUCUUUCUGAGAAAAAACAAACAAACUUAAAUCCCCCGUCACGAGAAGAUUCACGAUCAAAAAAGACUGAACAUUUAAUCAUAUUAAACAGUCACUUUAAAAAA